UUUUUUUGUUUUUUUUUUCUCUCUCUUUAUUUUAAAAGUUCUAGACUUUGUAGUUGUUCUAUGCUACAUGACUUCAAAAAGACACUCACAGGACAAUAGUUCUACUGAAGAUUGUAGAUGCACCAAACGAGAUGAUGAGUCUAUUUGUUCUACUUUAUCAGCGACCAGUUCUGUAUUCAGUACAUCAAGUAAACUAAGUAAAUUACCAGGUGCAGUCAAGUCUUCAGUCAAACAACUAUUUACUGGGCGAGAAGAAAGGAGGAGCUCUACUUCUACGUCCUUUGCUUCUCGUCUAAAAAGACACACACCGACUUUAAUAUUUCGGAAAAGUGAGCAAUAUAAACAACAACAACAACAACCAACAAAUAGCAGUAAUGGUAACUUAAAGUCAAAAAGAAGGAACAGUAUCAUUCAGAUCAGCCAUCGAUUCAAUAUGUCACGUCAACAUGCAGGACAUGAUGAUACAGAGGAUAUAAUUGAAUACUAUAGGGAUGAACAAAAGAAGCCACAGAGACAACAGCAACAACAACAACAAUCACGGCAGAGAGAAAAAUCAUGCCAAGAUAAUAAAGCACCUAUGCUGCAUCAAUUGGCGCAUAAAGAAUUAUUAGAAAUGCCACUACUAAAAGGGCUUGUUACAACUACCUUGACUACGCUUCAUACAAGAUUAAUUAAUGAAUGCGAUCGUACAUUGUCUAUGGUGUUGUUGGCAGCAAACAACAACCAUGCGAUUUAUUUCCCACAAGAACAGCUGCUAUCCAUCAUACUUGAUCUUUAUAAAAUGACAGAAAUGGUUCAUUGGGAUCAACAAGAAAAACUGAAAAGAGAGGUCAAAUAUAAUAUUCAGUUACUUGAAAGACAAGCUCAAGAGGAGGUGGGAUGUGAUGAUACGAUUGCUACAGUUAAAGAAAUGAUUAAUACAAUGAAGCAAAUCAUGAAUCAGUGCAUAUGUCAAUAUUAUAAAGUGGCUGAAAGAGCAAUGGUGAUACCCUGUAAAGGAUAUAGAAUAGAAGGAAAAAAUAGAUAUGGUAUCACCAUAGAUCAACCCUCGUCCAAAACCAUGACAAUUUCAGAACAAGUGGAACACAUGGAUAAAGAUGCUUAUUGGUAUAGAGACUACUUUAUGGGCAAUGCAAACACUUGCCACUUUUUUGGUUAUAAAGAGGGAGAUCCACUGCUUAUUUCUGCUAUUGUAGAACAUAUCGAUGACAAAAAGCAAUACCGUAUUAUCUAUAGAAGCAAACAAAACCCAGAUCAAAGAAAAGUGAUUGUGGACUCGUUCCUAUUAAAUGCCCCUUUAUUAUCCACUGGUGAUACCAAGAAUAAUGACUAUAUACCCGAUACAACCUGGAAAACAAUUAUUGAAACUACUUUCAAUAUACCCUUUCAUUCUUUCAAAAAGAUGUCUAAUGAACUCAUGAUAUCCAGUGGCUUAGAAGAAGAAUUACUCAAACUAGAUGAAUACUCUGUAAGUUGCGUGUGUAUAUUUGUUGCUAAGUUACUAAAUGUAUAUUUUUAUAGUUGCACAAGAGAUAUAAAUUUGGUGUACUCUUAAUUAAAGAAGGACAAACAAAAGAGGAAGAGUGGUUUGCAAACGAACAUGACUGUCCUGCCUUUGAAGAAUUCUUGAAUAUCAUUGGCAAGAAAAUCAAAUUAAAAGGAUACAACGGCUGGGCUGCCGGUUUGGAUAGAAAAGGCGGCGAUUCUGGUGAAUAUACUUAUACAAACACUUGGUAUGAGCAUGUGCUUGCCUAUCAUGUGUCUU